UUCGAAAAUGGCGGCGCUAGAGGAGGGUGUACCACGUGGUACGUGACGUCACGCGGCUCGACCAAUCAGAGGCGCGCGCGGCGGCUCGGGUACGCGCCGCCGACAGCGGGGUCCCCGCACCGUGGUUCAAAACCCGUCGGUCUGCAUUCCAGUGUUCCCGGUGGACGCCAACCGCCGUGGAUUUCGGUGCGCUCGCCGUGCGACCAAGCGCACUCUCAGUGAAAAUGGAGUGAACGAUCGAGUGCUGGCAUCGGAUCGAUAGACCUCGUCCAGAAGUCGAAGACGCCCGAGAAGGUGGACUGCUCGAGGGGACGCGAAAGGAAUGUGUCAAGAUGCGUUCGGCGUCUUCCCUGUACGGCGCCCUCGUGGUCUUCCUAUACCUGGCAGGAUGCCGAGCUUCCGACCUACUAGGCAUGUCAUUUACACGACAUCCUCAACCACUGGCUGCUCCCCUUGGUGACGAGGUAUACUUCGAAUGUAGCCUGAGUCUUGCUGCAGAGAAGUUUGCAUGGCGGCAUAAGCCUUUGGGAUCGGACAAAUGGGGACCGCUUAUUCACACACCUAACAGCGGGGGCAAGACUUCGAAGCAUGUCUUUAAUUUUGACGACGAAUCAAAGGCUGGUGACUUUCGAUGCAUAGCAUUUUAUGGUACGAGUGGCUUGGCUUCCGAACCAGCAAGACUAAGUCUUGCCACUAUAGAGAAAUUCAGUGACAGGAGCAACGUUGGAAUACGGGUCGCAACAGGAAACACGGUUCCAAUUACUUGUCCAGUGCCUUAUUCUUCUCCGGAGGCGCUCGUUCAAUUUUACAAGGACAAUAACCUCGUGGAGAGCGUCAACAUGACAGGUGGUAAGACCAUGGUCAUCGAGAAUGCCCGGUCAUCGGACUCGGGCCAUUACAACUGCGCGGCGAACAACUACAUAACCUCUGAGACGUUUUGGAGCAAUCAUAAAACAGUAUUGACGGUGCAUGCCGACACAACACAUGAGGCACCGUACUUCGUGAAGCAACCACAAACGGAAUAUAAAGUUCUACGAGGGAGGAACGUAACAUUGGAGUGCUUUGCUGCGGGAUACCCUGUGCCAAUGGUUACUUGGACUAGAUUAAGUGGACCUUUGCCUUCUCGGUCUCAUUACACGUCCGCAGGACUGACAAUAGCCAACGUACAGCCUGCAGAUCGCGGUGAAUACGACUGUGUGUGGCGGAACAGUGUGAAACGCAUAAGAUCGGUGAUAAUCCUAAAAGUGGUGGAAUUACCAAGGGUAGUCAGAGCUCCGAAGACUACCACGUUCUCGGAGGGUGGAGAGAUGGAGUUGAGCUGCAACGUAACGGGGCAGCCAGAGCCUACAAUAGAGUGGCUUAUCAAUGGUGAACCUUUGACGAGGAGUGACAACAUCGAGAUCAAGGGCUCCACUCUCUUCGUCUCGCCGGUUGAAAAGCGACAUGCUGGGAUUGUGCAGUGCGUCGCUAGUAACGAGUACGGGUCCGACUCGGGAUACAGCAUGCUUAGGGUUAAUCCGAAGCAGCACAUUGGGGGCACGACGGAACCCAGGCCCGAUUAUGGUUUACCUACCACCGGCCAUAAGCAUACCAGAGUCGGGGGAAGGAGACGGGGAAAGGAGGGAAAACGUAAAGGCACAGCGGUCCUGGUGCCGCCGAACCAGCCGAACGUGACAAGACUCUCCGACGUGUCGGUGAUGGUCCGUUGGUCGGUCCCUGAGAACAAAGGCCUGCCGAUCCAGUUCUUCAAGGUGCAGUACCGCGAACUAGGCCAGAAGAUGAACCGGAAACCUACCAAGUGGAUGACGUCGAAUAUGGAAAUACCGAACCACGUGCGCUCCUUCGAAGUGACGGAGCUCCUGCCCGACCACAUCUACCGAUUCAGGAUAGCCGCGGUGUAUUCCAACAACGAUAACAAGUUGAGCCCUAACUCGGCGCCGUUCCACCUGAACAGGAACCUCGAAUUCGAGGUGAACAGAAUGCCGAUUCCUCUGUUGACCAACACCGAGGUGCUGGGGCCACACGAGGUGCUCCUGCUCUGGCAGAAUCCAAACAGGUCCGCCGACAUUGAUGGCUUCUACGUUUACCAUCGUACCUCCACCACGGCAGGAGACUACGUCAAGACUACCGUCGAAGGCAAGAAUGCCACCAACAUUACCAUUUCCCACCUGCUGCCGGACACCACCUAUGAGUUCAAGGUGCAGAGCUUCUCCGUGGACGCCGCCUCGGAGUUCUCGAAGAUCCUUGGCUGCAGGACGAAGAAAGCUCCCCCUACGGAGCCUCUGGUGGAGCAGGUCUUCGUCGAGAAUAAAGUCAAGUCUGCCGACAGCGAUCGCAGCGACAGCAUGUACGCUAUUGUCGGAGGUGCUUUGGGGGGUGCGACCCUGCUCGGAGGGUUGGCGGCCAUGGCUGUGGUUUAUAAGAGGAAUAAACACAAGCAGAACAGGGAGUCCUCGCAAGAUCAAGGUAAACCCAUGGCUAAUGGUAGAGCAAUUAACGGUGGCGUUACCGAUUCCAAGAUCAACAUAACGUCUAAUCCGCUGGCUGGCCUUGAUGCCCCGGAGGACGCGAUGCAUCCUAAGAGUGGACAGCAAUCACCUAUGGAGAUGGCCUCGUUUCUCAAUGGGCAGAACAACAAUGGGAGUGCACGUAACAAUGGCGACGCGGCAGGAAGCGGCGCGACCGCCUCUCAGAACGAGCCCUCCUUGUUGCAAGGCUCCUUGCCCAUCGAACAGCCUCUAUGAGCCGAUAUAGGCUUUGUUAAUUCAAUUCCUAUCCGUCGAUAAGCCUGGCCCCGAUAUGCUGCGGUUAAUCCGACCUCAGCCUGCACGGGGUAAAUUCCCAGGAGUAUUCUCGUGACAUGCUCCGUUCACUUGAAAAUCUUUCGGCAGGCGUUUAUGCCACGAGGCAGCUUUACACGUGGGAACCUCUCGAGUCCGUUCUCAUCCUGGAAAUUGCUUCUGUAUAUACAAACGAGGAACGUAUUUUCCUAGGCGCAUUAAUCGAUUUUAAUACAGAGAAGCAUUUUCCAGGGGAUUUUUUAUAUGUCUUAUACGCGACUGACGUCACUUCUUACUGCAUGGGAUUUUCUUGCAGUCGUAAUUGGACGGAAUUGCGAGGUUCUCAAUUUCUUCUCUUUUUUCUUUUAUUUUUAUUUUUAUUUUUUUUAUACGACGUUUUUAACGACGAUUUAAGACUUACGCGAGACGCGGCGUUUCUCUCACUGACUUUGUCCAUGAGAAACGCACGCGGACGCUGCCGAUCGGGUCGAUUGUCCGAAUAUCUAUUUCUUUUUUCCUUCCUCUUAAGGUUAUUCCUUAUUACGGUAACUAUAUUACUAAAAUCACACCCUACCUUUCAACGGGCAGCUUGCGACGUGUUACGCGAAAAAAAGAAAAAGAAAAAAAAGAGAUAAAACCUGCACGUCGGGAUCGCGGGGAUACGGUGAACGCGAUACAGGUGCGUGAUAUUUAUAUUUAGCGGUGUGCGUUUGUCCCCGUUCAAGGUAUCCCCGUUCAGGGCAGGGACACUCCAAUUCCUUUGUACAUAUUCUAGUAAUCGAUUAAUUUAGGCCACUCCGUGCCAAACCGAAGAAACUCGCGAAAAAUCCCUCGAGUAUUAGGACUGAUUGUUCCGCGGAAAUUUGCACUCCUGGAGUUGCAUAGAGAUCGUGUAUAUAUAUACACAUAUGUGUCGGGCCAUAUCUUGUUGAAUUUUUUUUUCUAAGAGUUAUCAGAGUCUUUAUUUUGGGGGAAAAUGUGAACGCUAACCCCCCCAACUACGUAGGCAAAAUUGUGAAACGAAAUCGCGGCGGUGCAAUUAGGGCUCUCUCGGAAAGAAAAGAGAACAAAAAAAAAAAGGGAACGAUCGGUUCUGAGUUUAAACCUUAGUAACGUAGAAGUGGGCUACGUAAUCUCUUAGUCGCCUUUAAACUCGCGCUUACCCCUAGGUAAAGCUUUCGGUUAUAACGAACAGACUGAACCCUCGAAAUCGCGUCCGACUAAUUAAUCGUAAGUACAGUUCCUCCGGGGAAGUCGCGUGACCUGAAGAUUUUCGAUACCCCCUUUGCAGCUCGUGCCCGAUCAUGAAACUCGGUAGAGUUUCGCGCCAAGUACAUAUAUACAAAAAAAAAAAAAGAAAAGAAGCAUGCGCGAACGGCAUGCUCGAUUACUCAGUCGAUCUCAGGAUAAAGUUUCUCCGAUUUAUUUCUGUUUUUUUUUUCUCUCUCUCCCUCUCGUACUUUUAAUUUCACUUUACACUCACGGUUCGAAUAACGCGGACCUUGGCAGGUGUAGAAUCAAAGACCCUCUGGUCGACACGCUUAACAGUAUUGUUUCCCUCCUGACACUUUUUCACUAGUUUACUUUCCUUCUGCUCCUCUUUUUUUUUUUCCCCCCCAUUUUUAAUGUUAACGAUCACUCAACCCGUACAGUUGACUCAUACGUAAUAAGUAGAUAGUGCCUUUAGCGUUGAUUAAGCGGAAACCGGGGAGAAUGAGGAUUAAUUUAAACGCUUAAUUGGAGAGUGAGAAUUUGGUUGUGCACAUUCGACGGGGUGAGAGGAAGACGAUUGGCGGUCGCUAAAUUUUCGCCUUGGAGAGUUAAUUAUCGCUAGGAAUGAAAAUUGUACAUAGACAACAUUGCGUAAACGGAUUAGCGGUUGAGUUUUGUCAGACUCGCGAUUGCAAUAUUUUAUACGAUACCUUUAAUAAAUUAAUGCUUAGGCGAGGGACGAUGCGCCGCGUCGCCUCACUGCCGUAAAUUAAUGCGCGAGAGAUCGGACAAGAUAUAUGUAUAUAUUAGGUUAUUACCUCCGACCAUCCGCAAUAUAUAUAUAUAUAUACGUGCCUUGCAUCUUGCCCACGGAAUACAAUAAUUAUUUAUACGUCCGAGUCUUCUCUUGUGUACUUAAGUGACUCUACUUUAAGAAGUAGGCCGUAGAUUUAUAUAAAAGCCGAGCGUAUCUCCGGCGGGUACGAUGACACCGAGAAGAGACAGAUCGUCGAAGGACAAAUGGUUUAUUGCGGAAAAUAUUCAUAUGUACAGUAUUAAAAUACACGGAGGAGUGUACGUCGCAGA